GUGGCAUGUCAUACAGGCGUACUCGCGUCGCGAGUGUGACCCGUGAUUGCAGUUGCACGCAUAGAGACAUCUAAGAAAAACGUCUCAGUUAUCUGUAAAUAUACUUUAAAUAACGUCAUUUUUACGGACUUCAACAAGUCUCUGUAACUAAAACAUGGGGAGCUGUCUUACUGUUGGACCAAAUGAAGCCCUAGUUGUUUCAGGUGGCUGCUCGAAUCGGAAGACUUAUGUCAUUGGUGGCUGGGCCUGGGCAUGGUGUCUCAUUUCAGAUGCUCAAAGCUUGACACUAGAGAUAAUGACGCUACAACCCAAAUGUGAAGAUGUGGAGACAGCAGAAGGGGUAGCCAUUACUGUCACUGGAGUUGCCCAGGUCAAAGUCAUGACGGAAGAUGAGCUGCUGCCUUUAGCAUGUGAGCAGUUCUUGGGAAAAUCAGUGAUGGAGAUAAAAAGUGUCGUCUUGCAAACUCUGGAAGGACAUUUACGUUCCAUUUUAGGUACUCUUACAGUGGAGCAGAUCUACCAGGACCGAGACAAGUUUGCCCAGCUGGUGCGAGAGGUGGCCUCCCCAGACGUGGGCCGUAUGGGUAUUGAAAUCCUCAGCUUCACCAUCAAAGAUGUGUACGACAAGCUGGACUACCUCAGCUCUCUGGGGAAGACACAGACCGCAGCUGUUCAGAGAGAUGCAGACAUCGGAGUGGCUGAAGCAGAGAGGGAUGCUGGCAUAAGGGAAGCAGAGUGCAAGAAAGAGAUGAUGGAUAUCAAGUUCCAAGCUGACACGAAAAUGGCGGACUCCAAACGAGAGCUGGAGCUGCAGAAAGCUUCAUUCAACCAGGAAGUGAACACCAAGAAAGCCGAAGCUGAGCUGGCCUACGUGCUGCAGGCUGCCAAAGAGCAGCAGAAGAUUCGGCUGGAAGAGAUUGAAAUUGAGGUUGUGCAGAGGAAGAAGCAGAUCACCAUAGAGGAGAGGGAGAUCGACCGCACGGAGAAGGAGCUGAUUGCUACUGUCAAGCGGCCUGCCGAGGCUGAGGCCUACAAGAUACAGCAGCUCGCUGAGGGAGAUAAGAUGAAAAAGGUGUUGACUGCUCAAGCAGAAGCUGAGAAAAUCCGCAAGAUAGGAGAGGCGGAGGCAGGCUCUAUUGAAGCCAUAGGUAAAGCAGAGGCUAUGAGGAUGAGGCUGAAGGCUGAGGCCUACCAGCAGUACGGGGAAGCAGCCAAGGUUGCCCUGGUUCUGGAGGCACUGCCAAAGAUUGCUAGCAAAGUGGCUGCCCCUCUGGCCAGGACCAGUGAGAUAGUCAUUCUGAGUGGGGACAACAGCCGGGUGACUGGAGAAGUGAACCGCCUGCUGGCCGAGCUGCCCGUGUCCAUCAACGCUCUCACAGGAGUGGACCUGACCAAGAUACCUUUACUGAGGAAGAUGACUGACGCCCAGGCCUGAGAACAAUCUCCUACCUUCUGCUCUGAUAUGUCGUUUGCAUUCACUUCGACUGCCUUCAGAACACUUGAAAACCUAUCGUUUCUCUAUACAAGUGGAUUUGUGAACCUCUGGUGCCUUCAUUUUUACAGGACCAGAAUAUCUGCAUGUACUGCUGCUCCUCUUAAACAUUUACAUCUAACUGUUAUGUUAAGCUUUUUGAAUCCAUCGACGUAAUUGGUGGGAAAGGCGAUAGGAGAGGAACACUUUUAAUUCCUCUUUCAUUCAUCAAUAUGGUUCUAUCUGUAUGGUUCUAUCUGUGUAGAAUGUCUUGUAGGGAGUAACGGUAUGGAUACAUGCCAGCGACGCGAAACGCUUGCUUUUUUCCCUCGCUUUGCCCAAUUUGCUCGUCUACGUCUCAAUCGCCUGCCUCCAACAGAAAUUAAUGGGAUAUAGAAUUUAGCUUCCGUCGCGUCUCUGGCAUAUAACCGGGGUGUAAGGGAAGUAGUGAGGUAAUUUUGCAUCUCAAAACUUUUAAAACGAGAUUGACUACAUGUCAUAUCUGUUUAUUUUACAAACUUACUCACUGUCCAAUUGAACAAUUGAGUUGGGCAACAUUUCAAGGGAGAAUUUCAUAGCUGUCACCUUUGUUGUAGGCUACAGUGGGCUGAGUGAUUGGUUUACCUUCAUAAAAGUACUAUCACAUAGCUACCACAAAUUCCAAAUGUUAACUUUGGUUUGGGCCUCGUCCUGUUUGGGCUCUGAGAAUAUGAUGUGCUAUCCAAUGAACUUCAGGAAUAUUUUGAUGCGCAUGCAAGGUAUCAGCAUAGUGAUGCCGUGGUAUUGCUGUCAAAAGUUGCUGUGUAUGUGAUUUCAUGUAUGUGGUAACAAAAAGUUUUGUUAUGAAAUUAGUUAAGACUCUUUUUCCAUUUCUUAAGACAUUCACAUUGAGUAUACACAGCAGAUUUGUUUUGCUGUACUCUAAUAGAGGAAUGCCAUAUUGAUAAAUAAGCCAUUAUAUUAAAGUCUGUCUUUUAGCAUGGAUCAAAGCGCAUGCUAUCCACAAACGCACCAUAUUUAAUUUUUUUUUUUUUUUUUGUGUAGUAUUACAUGUCGGGUAUCUGUGAGGCCAGUUGGCUUGUUUUAAUUUUUUCUGUUUAUUUUGUGUUUUAUAUUCAAUAUUACUAUAUAUUAUUAUAUGCAUUUACAAGAGAACGAUAGGUCAUUGGAGUGAGUUGACAAUAUGUGAGGUUAAACCCUUAAUUUGCAAUGCUAUGAUUAUUUUCAUGGUGUUGGGAGAGUGGGUUAUUUUUUUUACUGAUUUCAAAGUGAUUUUAAUCAUACCAAAGUAGAUUCUCUGUGGUAAUAUAGUAUGCUUAUUUUAAUUGUUUCACUUGUUUUAAAUCUUUUUGUAACAUUUAAUGUACAUGUAAGCCAUGCAAUCCAAAAUCUUUGUAGAACUUAUCACCAGGUAAUUUUUUCUAGACAAAAUUUAUAUUUGUCAAGUCCAUGUAAGCUCAGAAAUGUCCCUCUAUAUUGGCAGCCAUAUGAAAUGACCAUAGAGUUAAGCUUUGUGUAGCCUUGUGCUGUGAAGUUUAGUGUUGAAGUCCGCUUUCUUCUGUUGGCUUUAAGGGGUGGGAAAAAAAGAUUAUAUGGCAUUGGCUAUGAGGUUCUCUGCACUGUUGUGUCGUAGUGCCAUUUAUGAAGUCAUUUUGUACUUUCACUGAAUGUCUUGUUUUGUCCCUGGUUCCUGAAACAUUCAAAAGCCUCAACUUAUGAACUUAAAUGGCAGCUCAUUCAAUUGGUUUUAACAGCAAUGUGCCAUUGUAUGUGCUUCUGAGGUUUUGCUAUUUGAAUCAGUUGUUUUUGUUUGUUUUCUUUAUCACAUGUAAAACACAAUUCAAUGUGAGAUGCUUUUAUUUGUUUUUGAGUUAGUAAUGUGUCCUAAUGACUUCAUAAUACCUGUAUGAAAUCACUAAAUUAUAUCACAGAAGAGUACUUAUCAUAUAACAAAAUGCUGUUCCCAACGAUAUUUUUUGUAUGGUCAUCAGUUUUGACCAUUUCUUCUAUUUGUGCUGGACUGUUAAAUAAUCUAAUGUGAAUUAGGAUUCAUAUCAUUAUUUUCCCCACGCUACUUUGAGAUACGAAUACACACCAUCACUAAAACUAUUAAUAGUAAUUUUGCUAUUACUCUAGUACUCUAGCAUAUGGUGCAAUGGACUAUUGCCUGAUAUUUAAAUAAAAUAAGCCACUCCAUUA